CUCGAACGUUCUCAUUUAGGUGGAUUUCCGACAGGCUUCAUUCGUCAAGAUCUCGGAGGCAGGAUACCCCGUUUUUCGAUUGGCGACGAAGACUGUGAUCUGUCCGACAGCGAACAUCCACUAACUAAUGACGCUUGCACACAAACACUUGCUGAAGAGAAUCCGCAGCAAGAAAACGAAUUGCCACAAAAAUCGCUCGACGAAAUUUCUCGGGACUGGAGACGCCGGACCCUUUCUGCACCUGAUGCUCUUCGACUGGUUAAACGCGGCAUUGUCAAAUGCCGCGAGUUGGAAUCGCGUCUCGAUGCUGAAACUGCCAUCUUCGUGAGGCGUUCUUUCGUGGCCCCUGAAAUUCUUGAAGGAGUUACCGUGACCAACUCCUGCUGUGAAAAUGUGAUUGGUUAUGUCCCUAUACCUUUGGGCGUUGCUGGCCCCAUUCCUAUAAAUGGCGCUGAAGUUUACGUUCCCAUGGCUACUACAGAAGGAGCAUUGGUGGCUAGUACGAACAGAGGUUGUAGUGCAGUAAAGAGAAGUGGUGGUGUGUCGACGACCAUUUUCGACGAAGGGAUGACACGUGCUCCUGCAGUCAAAUUUCCCACCGCUUCAGAGGCUGUAAAACUGAAAAAGUGGCUGGGAGUCCCUGAGAACUUCCUUCUUGUCAAGAAUGAGUUUGAGUCUACUAGUCGAUUUGCCCAACUGCGUGCUGUAGAGGUAGCCAUAGAUGGAAAUCUCGCGUUCGUCCGAUUCGUUGCCUCAACGGGAGAUGCUAUGGGUAUGAAUAUGGUAUCGAAGAUCCAAGGUCGAGGACGAUCUGUGGUGGCAGACUGUAUAUUGCCAGCUAGUGUGGUUUUGUCUAUUUUCAAGACAACUCCAAAGCAAAUGGCAGACGCUGCACAGUCCAAGCUGCAGUCGGGUUCUGAUAGAGCUGUGUGUAUUGGCGGCAACAAUGCUCAUGCCGCUAAUGUGGUCGCGGCAAUAUUUUUGGCAACAGGACAGGAUGCUGCCCAGGUUGUAUCGUCAUCGAUGUGCUCAACACGGAUGGAAUGUGAGCAGACGAUGAUUGGGAUUAUGUUGUCAUGCGCUGGCCCGUCACCUGCAGAGCCCGGAGCGCAUGCUCGGCGUCUGGCAGAAGUAAUAUGCUCUACGGUACUUGCCGGCGAACUGUCCUUAAUGGCUGCCUUGGUCACGGAUCAGUUGGUAUCAAGCCAUAUGAAGCUUAACAGGUCCCGUUUACAACUAUACCCUUCGAUGCCUGCAAUGACGACUUCUUCAGUGGAAAAACCAUCCCCAUUUCUACGAAAACCUGUAGAAAGGGAGCCACGCGUUAAAAGAACCAUUAAAGUUGAAUGCUCUAACAUUUUAUAG